AGACCCGCCCCCGCCGGCCCGCCCCGUUCCUUCCCAGCCCCCUUCCCCUGCGCUGCCGGUGCCGGCCGCCUCCCCGCCGCGCCGCUCCCCGCCGCCAGGGAGGGAGCGCCCGGGCCCUGCGCGCCCCGCCGCAGUCAUGGCUGCCGAGGGGGCGGACGAGCGCUCCCCGCUGCUGUCGGCGCCCAGCUCCGGCAAUGUCACCCCCACGGCGCCGCCGUAUCUACCGGACAGCAGCCCCCGAGCAGAGCUUCCACCUCCAUAUACUGCAAUUGCAAGUCCAGAUGCCAGUGGUGUUCCUGUAAUAAACUGCCGUGUGUGCCAAUCACUCAUCAAUUUGGAUGGCAAGCUGCACCAGCAUGUUGUUAAGUGCACAGUUUGCAAUGAAGCUACGCCAAUCAAAAACCCUCCUUCAGGGAAGAAGUAUGUUAGAUGUCAAUGUAAUUGUCUCCUUAUCUGUAAGGAUACAUCUCGGAAAAUAGGCUGUCCACGACCAAACUGUAGACGCAUCAUUACUCUUGGUCCAGUAAUGCUGAUUCCAGAAGAGCAGCCAGCUCAGCCUGCCUUGCCAGUUCAACCAGAUGGAACUAGAGUUGUAUGUGGGCACUGUGGAAAUACAUUCCUUUGGAUGGAACUGAGGUUUAACACACUGGCAAAAUGCCCACACUGCAAAAAAAUUUCUUCUGUUGGAAGCGCGCUGCCACGGAGACGCUGCUGUGCAUACAUUACAAUUGGGAUGAUAUGCAUCUUCAUUGGAGUUGGAUUAACUGAGACAGCAACACAACUAAGGCUUUCCAGCUUUGGGUGAUGCAUUUCAAGAUAGAUAUGAACUGACUGUUUCUAAUCUGGAAGACAAAAAAUAACUGAAGAUGUCGGAAGUAUGAUGUGCAAGGAAAGGCUGAGAUAACUGAGAGGACUGACAAAGAUACCUUUAAAUAGGGAAAGGCUGCAGGAAAUAACCAAAGAAUAAGAAGUAGACAUGGAAAAGAAAAAAGACAUAAAUUGCAAAAGAGGCUUAGAUUAGAUUGGAAACUUAGGCAAAACUUUGUAACACUAAGAACAGUUAAAAUGCUAGAAUAGUUUGACAUGAAGUCGGAACAACAUCUGUUGGGAAUGGGAUAGACCUAGCUCUCCAAGGCUGUAUCAAGAGAGGGAAAUUCAUGUCACACACAACCUCAUUUUCUACUAAAUUGAUUCUGAGGCCCUUUUACUAGCUCUCUGCUAGCAUCUGGUGCCUCAACCGCUGACCCAAAGUUCUGAAACUAGUGCCUCUGGAUACUAAUCUAGCAAUUAAGACUUCUGGAGUUUGUUUUUUUUUUUUUCCUUUUUGUCUUAGACCAUCAUAUAUUUAACAAUAUUUCUCUGAGACAAUGCUGAUCAUAAAGCAUUUUUGAACAAGAUACCCAGCUAUGGAACCAAAUUGCAGAGGACAGGAUAAGUACAAUUACUUGCCAUAUAUAGAACUGCAAAGUCUUUUCCUCUGUGAAGGUUGUCUCACUGUAUCAGUAAUAUAAUACUGAAACAGCAUUCUUCCCUUAGACCAUAUCAGAAGUUAAACAAAAUAAAAAAAGCAGUAAAACAAAAGCCUGAACUUCACUAGUAGAGUUUUGCUUUGUAAUGCUCACGAACCUCGUUCUUCAGAGGUAUCAAAGAUCAAUGAGGAUUCGCACUUUUUUUUUUGCAUGAAAAAUGUACAGAUAUGACAAUGAGUAAUGACUCUGCUUGGUUUCCAUGAAUCUGUAAUUUUUUUGAGUUACAGAAAUUGUAAAUUUUGAAAGUUAUUUUACUGUUUCACAUUUUUCGUUCAAAAAGUAGUACCCCAUUGCCUUGUCUGUUCAGCAGUAGUUUGUAACAGCUUUUAAAAUCCUUGACAAUUUCAAGCAUAGAAAAACUAAAGAAAUCAUGAAGAAUGCAGCCCUGUAGAAGAGAGCUGCAGCUCAGUGCACCUGCUCAGUGACAGGUUACAGAGCAAGCUCAGCAGUUACUGCCAGCUUGGCUUGUGGCUUGGCAAGUAAGUAUGUGCCAGCCAGGCAACAGCCCAGCUCGGGACUGCUGCUACCAGCCGUCAGGGGCUCUUAUGGGGGCUGACGGUGGAUGCAUAACUGCGGGCUAUGGAGGGAAAUGCAAGGCACGGCAGGGCAGCGUCACAGAAAAAAGAACAUGAGUUCAUACGAAAACAAAUUUCAUCCAUGUAAUUGUUUGUGAGGCAAAUUGGCUGUUUAUGCUUUCCAGCAUCGUUUCAGUUAAACUGGCUUACUUUCCUACUUCUGAUGUGUGUUUUAGACUUACUAUGCCAGGAGCUAAGGUUUCCCUUUCAAAGAAUAUGUUGUGGAGAAAUAGAUCAGUGUUGAAAAAGUGAGUAUCCUUUACUACUUGCAGUAGAAAGCUGUAAUCAUGACAUGUGGUAUAAUGGAUAAGUUUUGAGAGCUAGACUCUAUAAUAAAUCCUCUCAAUGCCAAA